AUGAGUUCAACAAGCAAAGCUUGGGCGGUAGCCACUAGUAUUGCAGCUGUGGAGGCCUUGAAAGAUCAAGGAUUUUGCAGAUGGAACUACACAAUAAGAUCAUUACAUCAACAUGGCAAGAACCAAGUGAUGUCAAUGUCUCAGGCCCAGAAGCUAUCUUCUCCAACUUCUACUGUGGUUUCAACUAAACAAAACCCACCUUACCAUUUGCUUCAUCAAAACAUUGCUUCUGAUAUCUUACAAUCUCUACGUACAAAUCCUACGUCAAAGAGUUUCCAACUAGUCGUUCAAUUUUAUAGAACAGAGAAAAUUAAAAUGAGUUCAGCAAGUAAAGCUUGGUUGGUGGCAGCUGCUAUUGGAGGUGUUGAGGCCUUGAAAGACCAAGGCUUCUGUAGGUGGAACUACACAUUGAGAUCACUACACCAACAUGCCAAGAACCAUGUCAGAUCGGUCUCUCAGGCAAAGAACCUUUCUUCUUCAUCUUCUGCCAUGAUUUCAAAUAAAGUUAAGGAAGAGAAGGCGAAACAAUCAGAGGAGUCUCUAAGAAAAGUCAUGUAUUUGAGCUGUUGGGGUCCUUACUAG